AUGCCGACACCGGAUGAUGCCAUGGUUCCGUCGGUGGAGCACGAGAGCAUCGCCGGCCGCGCGACCUGUCCCCCAGACGAAUCGCGCUCCAUUACUGCACAAGAAUUGAACCAGCUGCGACUGUCGAGCCACAGCAGCGAUGCCAGUCGUGCAUCCCAUGCGCCCAUGCAGCAGCCCACUCCGCCUCCCCAGGAUUCUCCAGAACAUGGCCAGACGCCAGCGGAUACCCACAGCAAGCCCUCGACCGCCGAUAUCGAGACCCCAGCCCGGGACAUUCCCACGCCCAUGACUGCAACCGAUGACGGCUCCGAAGAGCAGCGCACAUCGCAGGCAUCGCCACAGUCUGCCAUUACGCCCGUUUCGCUUCUCGCCAACCACAUCUCGUCGCCAUUCCCUGCGCAUAGGUUUCUACCAAACUCCUCGUCAUCCCUCCUCCGACCCGGAAGUCGCUUUGUGGGCAGUCAAACGUCCGAUCGUCAAAAAUACGAAGUCGAAGUCGAGAUAAAACAUGUCGAUAUGCGUGAGUCCUUCAUGUGUGGAUACUUGCGCAUCAAAGGAUUAACCGAGGAUCAUCCCAGCUUGACCACGUACUUUGAGGGCGAGAUCAUCGGAAGCAAAUACACAUUCAUUACACAGCAUCCCGAAUGGGGCUCCAACGAGAAGGUUGACCGCCAACAUUGGGCUCGAUUCCCUGCUUAUAAGCCACUGUCCAAGAACUUGUCGCGCCCUGAGCUGGUGACCAAGGACUGGAUGCACAAGGAGCAUCUUUUCAUGCGCUGGAAAGAGUAUUUCCUUGUACCGGACCACCGAGUCCGGACAAUAAGUGGCGCAAGUUUUGAGGGCUUCUACUACAUCUGCUUUAAUCAAAUGUCUGGCGGCAUUGAGGGCAUCUACUUCCAUGCUAAGAGCGAGAAGUUCCAGAAGCUCCAACUAGAACACGUCCAAGAUUUUGGGUGUCAGGGUGCCAUUGAGUUCCGAUGA